UGCCUGGAGGUCGUUUUCGGUUCUCCUAGUCCCAUUUAAAAAUUCUCUCUCUAGAAAAGCUCUCCGUACACAAAAAUAUCCGUUAUAUCAUAACAACUAUUUUCCUCACCUCUCUCGUGGUUGGGCAUCACGCUCCGUCCCAUGGGGACGGCGGCGACUCCGAUACUAGCGCGUGUAGGUGACAAUAACUUUGACAAAAGGACCACGACCUCAGUACUGGAAGAAAUUCCACCUAUUAACAACUAUGCUAAAGCAAUUCAAUCAACUGGGAACCCUAGCCCUAAGGAAAAUAGAUUUGGGAACCCGAAAAUUAAAGCUCGGGUUACCUCUCAUAAUGGCGUUCCUGCUGCUCUCUUCAAAACCAGUGAAUUCUACGGCGAGAUGGCGAAUGAAUGUAAAUUCACUCUUGUUGGCAAAUUCAUAAAAGCCCGUCCACAAAUUGAGAAGAUUCGAUCGAAGUUCGCUGAGAAAAUCACCGUCAGAGGAGGAAAUCAAAGAAGCAGUCUUUAGUCUCAGUCUGAGAUAGCACAACAGGACCAGAUUGCUUUAAUGGCACUUUCUUUCAAAGCUGCUGCGACAUUAUUAAGCAGGACAUAGCUGACUUUGUUUUAGAAUUUUUUCAUGGAAAAAAACUGACAAAAUUCUAUUCUCAUACAUGUUUAUCUCUAAUUCCCAAAAUUAGUACCCCAGACUGUUUUGCUCAAUUUAGACCAAUCAGUUUAUCUAACUUUUCCAAUAAGAUUAUUUCUAAAAUUUUGGCAAGAAGAUUAAAUCCUUUAUCGACUAAUUUAAUUUCUUAUAAUCAGUCUGGUUUUGUUAAAGAUAGAAUGAUUACUGAAAAUGUUCAAUUAGCCCAAGAGAUUAUUCAAGACAUCUCUAAAACCAACAAGGGUGGUAACAUAGUGUUGAAAUUGGAUAUGGCCAAAGCCUAUGAUAGGAUGUCCUGGAUCUUUGUCUCAGAAGUCCUUAGGAAAUUUGGUUUUGGAGACUCUUGGAUUAAUUUGAUUUUAAAUCUUGUUUCAGGUGUGUGGUAUUCAAUCAUCCUGAAUGGCAAAAGGGUUGGCUUUUUUACAUCUUCUCAAGGACUAAAACAGGGAGACCCAUUAUCACCCUUUUUAUUCAUUCUAGUUGCUGAAGUUUUAACUAGAUCUCUUAAUAAUCUUCUGCUAAAUGAAAAUUUCAUACCUUUUUCAAUGUCAGGAAGAGGUCCUUUAAUUAACCAUCUGGCUUAUGAAGAUGAUAUAGUUAUUUUCAGCAGUGGAAAAACUAGAACCAUUAGAUUGGUAAUGAAGCAGAUCAAGAAAUAUGA